AUGCCCGCACAAACCGGGGUUAUCGAUAGCUUCCUGGGCGUGUUUCAGCCCAAGGCAGGACGAGCAGACCUGUUUUUGUUUUUCAGAGCUGUGAAUAAUGACCUUAUAGACACAUAUCAGCUGAAGUCUCUAGAUGGGUUGGCGGAGGCUCGUCUGGAAAAAAUCGGCAUCACUCAACGAAAAGAGAAGAGCAGCAGGAGAGCGGGCACUCAGAAUAAAGCAAAGUUAUACCUGACUCUAAAAAAGCACAUUCAACACCAGGAGAAGAAGAACAGCUCUGACGUGUCAGGAGAGGAAAUGCCAGGGUAUCACAUUGAUAACUUCUCCAUGCGAAAGCCCUACGACCGAGUGAUUCGAUGCCUCGGGUUCAGGUUCAACUUCAGCGUGUUUGACAGCUCUGCCUGCCCUCCCAUCAGUGACAAUGCUAAAGGCAGGUUGCCCGGUGUGACGCCAUGGUAUGAAGGGAUGAACACCCCCGGCCUGUUUGUUCUGGGAACAGCUGCUCACUCCAGAGACUACCGCUCAUCUGCGGGCGGCUUCGUCCAUGGUUUCCGUUACACAGUGCGAGCCGUACAUCGCGUACUUGAACAGCGUUACCAUAGUAACCUGUGGCCAUCGACAAAACUGUUGACGACGCAGCUGCAGUCCUGGAUCCUGAAGCGGCUCAGCGAAGCCUCCGGGCCCUACCAAAUGUUUCAGGUGCUGGGGGACGUUAUACUUCUUCGAGGCUCUCACUGUGAAUACGUGGAAGAGUUUACUCUCCAGGCUCUGCCCCAGUUCUCCUCUGUCUCGGGCCACGAGGUCUCCGAACAUGGGCUGAUAGUCCUGGUGAUGCAGUACGGGAACAACAAGAUCGACUUUCUGGGGCGGAGCAGGGCUGAAACAGACUGGACCAAAGCCUGGAAAUCCAACUUCCUGCACCCUGUUUUAUACUACUACGACACACUUCCUACUGAGGAAGACAUGAGGCUGCGUCCCACUGGCUGGCCGUUACCGAGGCCCAAAGCGAUGCAUCACAUGGUGGAGGACUUCCUCGCAGAAUGGGACACUCCAAUUUCUCAUAUCCAGCCUCUGCGGCGCUUCCUGGAGCAUUGUGUCCAGACUGACCUCAGGGCCUUCUAUGCUGAAUCCUGUUUCCGCUCCUCCCUAACCCACCGCAAGCCGCCGCUGUUUUGUCAGCAGGGAUACUUGAAGCGGCAGGGAGUCGCUCACAACACUCAGCUGUGGCAGCAGGUUCACGGCGCCGGGCUGAUGCCUACUGAACAGGAAACGGGAAAAACAUCAGGGUCCGACCCGGCGUUCCCAAACUACCUGGCACAAGCUGGAGCCUCCGUGUCUUCAGGACUGAAACUAGACUUCUGAUUGUUUUACUGAAGUGUGAUAAAGCUAUGCCUGAGAUGCUGUUAAGGACCCUCAGCCUAGCUACCUCCAGCAUCCAUAAUGAUUCUGUCCAUAAAACCAAAUACCUUGACAUAACAUCCUUCUGAUCACUGGUUCCAAAUAUUGUCGGCUUGUAACCCUUUAAAAUAAGGCAUGUAUAAUAACAAACGUGAUGUAAAUGUCUCACACUUGACCAUUUCAACCAAAGAGUGAUUUUCUUUUCUUUAUUUUGAUAUUAAGGGUCCAAAGAAGUAAUAUUAUCCAGUAAUUCACAAGAAAAAGAGCAAAGAUUAGUCCAUAAAAAACAUAAUGUGUGUGCAACAGAUGACUUGUGUGUUUACUUUUUUAAUAAUGAUCUCACAGCCCCUCCAACGUCAUCAUAAUGCGACCUGUUGGGGACCCGACCCCCCAUGUUGGAAAUCACUGCUUAUCACUGGAGCGGCACGUUGCCCCUUGAAUGUUCCCUUAUUUUUGUUCCUUAUCAAAUAUUUAAGUGCUUUAUAUAUAUAACCAUUUUCAUAUCAUGUAAAUCAAAAUUAUCUGAAGCUUUAUAGGUGAAGGGUGGGUGUUACAAAACGAUUAUGCAUUCUACAUUUUACAUGACGUUACCUGAUGAAACGUACACUGAACAAAAAUAUAAACGCAACACUUUUGUUUUUGCUCCCGUUUUUCAUGAGAUGAACUCAAA